AUGGUGUCUCUCUUGCUUACCGUCUUCCUGCUGAACGUGGCAAUCCAUCUCAUCAACACACUUGGCGCUGCGACCAUCAACGAGCUGCUCUGGGUCCUCUACAACAAGCUCCCUACACCCACGGCGAAAAAUGCGCACAACUCGGCACGACUGAAGAAGGAGGUGGUGCGUCUGAAGCGCGAGAUGAAUGCUGUCAGCGCUCAAGACGAGUUUGCCAGAUGGGCCAAACUGCGCAGGACCCACGACAAAGCCGUCGCCGAGUACGAAAAGAGCACAAGCUCGGUUCAAGACACCAAGGCCAAGUUCGACAAGACGGCCAAUGUCCUUCGCUGGCUCGGUACAAAUGGCAUGCGCUACCUUCUACAGUUCUGGUUCUCGCGUCAGGCACUGUUCUGGCUCCCGCAAGGCUGGGUCCCUGGUUACGUCGAAUGGCUCCUCGCAUUCCCAAGGGCACCCAAGGGCAGCAUCAGCAUCCAGCUUUGGGGCAUUGCAUGUGCCAGUGUCAUCUCCAUGGCGAGCGAAGCCACCGUCGCCGCAUAUGUAUUGGUUACCAAGCGCCCCGACAUGCAGACGGGCAAGCAGGAGCAGGAGCCACAAGCAUUCAAGAGCGGCGGAGCAGCAAGCACAGCCGGAGGAGACAAGAAGGAAUUGUAA